CGCAGGGGCAUGUUCUCCGCCCUUACUGCUUUCCCCUCUUUCCCCCUUUCCAAAGAGAAUAACCAGGGAGAAGAGAUGGGGAGAGAAAGGGGAAAGUGAAAUUCUAAGAUGCUGCCGGGAACUUUGAUCCCUUCCCCUGCAUCCCUUUCCCUGCACAGAAAUGGAAGAGGCAUCCCGCUCCCUCCGGUGCGGAGCGGCUAGUGCCCUGCUCCCGGGGAAGCCCAGCUGCAGAGCCCGGGGAGGAGGCAGCAGCUGAGCCUGGCAGCUGAACGGCAAUGUGAUGCUUGAAGAAGCUUCUGUCCGCUUUGCACAGGAGGGAUGGAGAUCACCAAAGUACUGGGGCUCCUCGUAGAGCUCUUCAGUCUGUUAUCCUGUCUCAGAUGUGUGGAGGCUUUCCUGGGAUCCCAGCCCAACCAAAACCAUUUGCAGAGUACAGCAUCCAGCAUGUGUGGUGUUGGACCUCUUGGGUACUACAAUGGCUCACUGGCGGUCACUGAGGCUGGGGCAGAGUGCCUCAACUGGGCAGAGUUCCCCGAUUAUGUUCAGCAGUACCCAGACCGUGGCUUGGGGGACCACAACCACUGCAGGAACCCGGAUGGGGGAACUACACCCUGGUGCUUCUACCGGCUUGCAUCAGGGGCCAUCGGCUGGGCUAACUGUGACUGUAACCAAGGUGCUGUGCGGUUGGCUGAAGAUAGUAGUGUGGAGCUGUACUUCAAUGGACUCUGGGGCACCAUCUGUGCUGACUACUGGACUGACUGGGACGCCAGUGUUGUCUGCAGGCAACUAGGUCUCAGUGAGAUCGGCUCAGCUGGGAAGAAGGGUCACCCUGGACUGUGGCCUGUUCCCCUGCACCUGCAGUCAGCAAACUGCCAUGGGGAUGAGAAAGCCCUGCUGCAGUGUGGCUAUCGGGAAGCUGUGUCAGGAGUUUGCAGGCAGGGGAGUGCCAUGGCAAUCUGUGUCCCUCCAGAAGGUGUAGAUGCCCCGCUGCGUUUAGUUGGGGGAAAGGAGAGCUUUGAAGGACGAGUGGAAGUUUACCAUGAUGGCAAGUGGGGUACCAUCUGUGAUGACCAGUGGGAUGAUCGGGAUGCUGAAGUAGUCUGUAGGCAGCUGGGACUCAGUGGGAACCCAAAAGCCUUGUCAUGGGCUCAUUAUGGGCAGGGAUCUGGUCCAAUCCUGCUGGAUGAAGUGGAAUGCUCAGGCAAUGAACUCUCACUUGAUCAGUGCAAGAAGAGUGACUGGGGACAGCAAAACUGUGACCACAUUGAAGAUGCUGGGGUCUCCUGUGACCCUUUCACAGAGGGCACCAUCAGGUUGGCUGGCGGCCACAGCCCCAGAGAAGGCAGAGUAGAAGUUUAUUACAAUGGAGACUGGGGCACAGUGUGUGAUGACGGCUGGACAGACCUCAGUGCCCAUGUAGUCUGCAGGCAGCUGGGCUUCAGUGGUCCUGCUACCCUGGCCUCUGAAGGGGACUAUGCUGCUGGCCAAGGCUUUAUCUUGCUGGAUGAUGUGGCUUGUGUGGGGACAGAGCUGUCCCUCCUGGACUGUCCUCACAGCAACUGGGGGCAGCAUGACUGCUCACACGCUGAGGAUGUGGGAGUCCGCUGUUCCCUGGAGAGCAACACAGUCAUGGAUGGCAACCUGGGUAACUCGCCUCGCUUCUUGCCCUGGGCGGUGGGACCUCCUGUGCGGCUCAUGGAUGGAGAAAGCACCAAGGAGGGAAGAGUUGAGGUAUUCCUGAAUGGGCAGUGGGGCAGUGUCUGUGAUGAUGGCUGGACAGACAGAGAUGCUGCAGUGGUUUGCAGGCAGCUGGGAUUCAGUGGUACAGCAAAAGCCAGGGCAAUGGCUUAUUUUGGUGAAGGUCAUGGACCCAUCCAUCUGGACAACAUAGAAUGCAGAGGCACGGAGCACAACCUGGGGCAGUGUCUGAGGCCUGACACAGGGGUUCACAGCUGCUGGCACAGUGAAGAUGCUGGUGUGAUCUGUGACUAUGUGGAAGAGAAGGUGCAAGACAUCAGGAGAACAGGUCCAGAGUCUGGUGUGUGUGGGAUGCGCCUGCUUCACCGUCGCAAGAAAAGGAUCAUAGGUGGAAACAAGUCCCUCAGAGGCAGUUGGCCAUGGCAGGCCUCACUGCGGUUGAAGGGUUUUCAUCGAGAUACUCGUCUGCUGUGUGGAGCAACCCUGAUCAGCAGCUGCUGGGUAGUGACUGCAGCUCACUGCUUCAAAAGGUUUGGUGUUGAUGUGCGGCGCUACCUGCUGCGGGUGGGUGAUUACCACACGGGUGUGAAGGAUGAGUUUGAGAGGGAGCUGCCCGUGGAGCGGAUUGUCCUCCACAGGAACUACUGGGCUGGCAGCAAUGAUAACGACAUUGCCCUGGUCCGGAUGCGGGGCAGAGAGGGGCACUGUCUCUCCUUCAAUCACCAUGUUCUGCCUGUCUGCCUGCCUGACAGGAAAGAGAAGUCUGACAUCAACAGGCAAGCCUGCAUCAUCUCGGGCUGGGGAGACACAGGGAAGUCCUACUCAAGAACCCUGCUGCAGGGGGUGGUGCCUCUUCUCCCACGGGAAGACUGUGAGGCCCGCUAUGGGCACAAGUUCACAAACCGCAUGAUUUGUGCUGGGAACCUCUCUGAAGACAAGCGGGUGGACAGCUGCCAAGGCGACAGCGGAGGGCCACUCAUGUGCCAGAGGUCAAACGGGCGCUGGGUCAUUGUGGGGAUCACCUCCUGGGGCUAUGGCUGUGGUCGGAAGGAUUCCCCAGGUGUGUACACAAAGGUCAGCAAAUACGUACCCUGGAUCAAGAGAGUGACCAAGCUAAAAUGACAAUGUCUGAGCUCUAGGGACUUCAACGUCUGGCCCUUCUGCCCCACAGCAGCAGAAGGCUGUGGCUCCUGGCCUGUGGCUGGUGGAGAUUGGACACUGGGAAAAGACUUUCAUGUAGAACUGGGAGAAAAACAGUUAUGGCUGAUUCUGCAAAGUCUUUGGAUUCACUUUAGUCUGUGAUCUCUGAGCAGAGAAAGCAAGUGCUCACUGGUAAGAAUGAUAAGUCUAUGUUGCUCUGACUACCUGAGUCCUGUAAUGCAAUCACACUUGUUGCCCUGCACGCAGAAAUGUGUAAGUGGAGAGAUACCUGCCUCUGUAUAUUUGUUCAGGGUUUGGAUGUUUGCACAGUUGAAAAAUGCUGCAAGGAGACGUGAGAUACUUGGAAGAUGGCACCAUGAUCCAGCAUAGCUGAAAUCCUCAGAUUUUCUUUUCAUAACAGCUCUCCAGUUCAGAGAAUCAGAGAUUUAACCUGAGCUGAGGAACAUGCCAAGAGCUGGGUCUUUUCCUUCUCUGUUAUGUCUCAAGGGUGAACCUUUUAUCUUCUGAAUAGUAGAUCUGCUCCCAUAUAAUCCCUUUAAAGUAUCUUUUCCAUGCUAAAAGAUGCUUGUCCCUCUGUCCGUAAUCCUCUAUCACAUGUUUCCAGCUGCCAGAUGCUAUGGUUUUAUUGCUACUUUCUCAAUAUAGUGGUUAUUUUGUGUUCAUUAGGUGUAGUUGUUUUUUGGUUUGAUUUGGGUUUUUUUUUCUUAAAGCAGCAUCUCCUAGAAUCAGUUUUUGAUGUAAAUCUUCAUAUUUUAGGAGACAGUAGCUUUCUUGCCCUUGUGUUCACUACAAAGAACUUAAAAAUGUGACCUCAAAAGGCUGAAUAGACAUUUUUCUUUAAAUCCAAAUGUAAUGUUUAUCUCAAACAUUCAGGUGUUGAAUCACUGUUUAACAGCACUGCGGCAGCUUUCUCUUGACACUUACCACAGUUCUUAGCUGCCCUUUAUUUGUGUUGUUAGUCUUUAAUAGCUCUGUGCUCACAGUUCUCCCAUGAAAUACAGAAAUACACCUGAGGUACAGAUACACCUCAAGCAAGUUACUCACUCCUUGUGUAAAACACUAAGUGUGCUGCAAAGCAGCUUCCCGCUUUCCCAAAGUGUUUCUUAUUCUUGCAACCUCUGGGUUAUGCUUCUAUGCUUCCUCUCAUCUCUGUACUGUUUCCUUUUUCAUUCCUCUCAGCAGUGGUAAACCGGCUUAACUGGAGGCUAUGCGAACACUGCCAUCAAGCUGUAGUUCUCAGCCUGGGCAGAAAUAAUCCUGAGAGAAAGCAGGAGGUCUUGAAUACAUCAAUUUCUUCUUUCCCCCCCAUUCAAAUAAAUGAGCAGAGUUUCCUCUUAGGCCUUAAGCACUUUUGUUAAGUUAAUUUAUUAUUCUCGAGUGGGUAGAAAAUACAAAACUAGGCAGAAGGGCUAAGUGCAUUAAGAGUUGUGCAGUGCAUGGUGUCUUUUCUCUGUGUAUAGACCAGCCAGAGAGAAGACAGAUCUGCUCAGGAGCAAGGGCAGUAAGCUUUGAUGUAUAACCAAAGACUCGAACGCAGAGUAGUAAUACAGGAUGGGACAUGCAGAACUUGUCACGAUGUGCAUGUUUUGGGUUCACUCAUGCACUGUAGGGUAGGUGAUUACUGAGUCAGGCACUGGCCUGCUGCCUGAAAGGCCUGCGCUCAAAGGCACUGAAGUACUUGGUACCUAGGUAUUACCAAGGCAAGAACAGAAGGCAGAGCACAGCCUGUGGAUUAACAAAGUCAUGCUACAGGACACGUGGUGACAGAGUCCUAGAAAUCUCUCUGGAUUCAAUAAGCAGUGAUUGCCUAAAGCUUUAACUUGUCUUCUAUAAGACAGCUUUAUGUAAAGGUGCUGACCUGGCUAGGUGGCUGAUUUUUGUAUAUGAAUGCUAAACAGUUCCAUUUACUCUUUCCAGGGAUUAUAGGAUAACUGGGUUACCUGUUGCAAUGGAAUGUUUAAAGAUCCUGCUUGGAAACUUUCUGUUAAAAAAGAAUUGUAAGAAUCUCUAAAACAUGCAAUGCCAAAAUCCCUGCAAACUGGCCUUUGGCACAGAUCAGAUCUGUGUAUGCUGCUUCUUGAAGGGCAGGGAGCCUGCAAUGCAGCUUGUGCUGAUAACCCUAUUUGAAGGGCCAGACUUGAUCCUUUGGCAGGGCUGUGCUUGGCUCCACACUGGCUGUGUUGUCCUACAGCUGCUGGCAGAGUCCCUAAGACACAAGCUGCAGUCUGCUCCUUAUCUCCCAGGAAUUAAUAUUGCAGGAGGACUGAGGGCAAUUAUGCCACAGACCUCUGGUCUUGCAGAGGAUUAAAUGCCAAGUUCAACACCAACAGUAACAGUACUUGUCUGGGAAACAUGGAGUGGUUUAGCUCUUAUCUUCAGCCUCCCCAAACCAGCAUGCUACAGCAGCUCAAAUGGAGUUUCUGUGCCUUGGGUGCUGUCACAUUUCUUGUUUACCCUGGUUUAAUCUUUCAAUUUAUACCCAUAACAACAGGCACAGAAGCACCUGAAGGAUUGGAACUAUGAGGUUAUUUCUCUAAGCCUACUUAGCUGGUUGCUAUUUGGGAAUUAGAAUAAAUUACCAUGUAAUCACAAGUGAGAUGCAGGCUUGGCAUUGUCUUCUGGAAUUCUCAUGUUCUAGUUCAAAAUGUUUCUUUCUCUGAGAUCUUGUCACCGUGGAAGCUGUGAGAAUACUUAUAAUUAAUAUCCUUUGAGUCCUGCAUGAGCCAGAAAGAGAGAAGGAAGUAUCCAUUCUCGACAUUUACACAUUACUGUUACUGUAGGCAAGCCUGCCAAUACUCUCAUCAAUUGUCUCAACCUGUUUCAGAGCACUGCUAUUUCUCUUUACUGUUUAAACUGGGACUGUGGCCCAAGCCAAACUCACAGACUUUGCCACCAAAGCUUAUUGGAACUGCCUGGAUAAGUGGUACCCAACCACCCUAGGACUGUAUUUUGUACCUAAUGUUGGCCAGCAGCAGAUGUUUAAGGGACUGUAUGUGUCAUUUGUACUGAACAAGUUUUGACAGCCUUUUCUUUUGGGGAAUUUUGUUGUUGGCCCAUUUAAAUUAAUUACUUGCAUUACUAUUAUCAUCACUAAAAACAGAAGUAAAAGUACUUAGCCCUCCAGGUGUUACACAAACACUGUGCACUAUCCUGUUGUGAUUACUUUUUUCCUAAAGCAUGAGAGUUUAUAUCCCUAACUUAAAAAAUACAUUUCAUAUAACCAGCCUUCAUCUUCCAUAUAAAUGUUUAAUCCCAUAUUUAAUCCAACUAAGCUCUCAGCCUCAGUAUUUUCUGGCAAUAAGAACCAAUAUAAUUUUACUCUCCAUAGCACAUAAUUUCUUUUUAUGGUUUCUGAAUUAAUUGCCUUUUGUUUUCAUUGAAUCCCAUCUGUCCUUGUGUUCUCAGCUAUGAGAGGAUAUAAGGUUCCUGGCUUUAUAUUCUCUGUUGUCCAUCAUUCUAGAGAUAAUCCCUUUUUCAAACUGUGGAUUUUCUGUCUCUCUUCAAGCCAAACUGUUUAGGUAUCUGAUAACAUGACUGUCUUUCCAUGUCUUCUCUUUCUGCUGUACCUUUUAAGCUUUGGUAACCAGAAUUGAAUGCAGUUUGCCAGGGGAGGCUGUGCCAUCUGCUGAUUAUUUUCAGUAUCAUUUUGUAUACUAGGUAAUGCUGUAAGUGGUUUUAGUGCUGUAUGUGUACUAUGUAUGUAUGCUGGAGCUAGCUCUAAACUUGCUAGGUAGCAGCCGAGCUACAAUGGGAUGAAAACCUGCCUAGGUCAAUUCCCCUUGGGUCUUGGGCACGUGCUGAGCUCAGAGCAAUUGCCGUGGGUGUGCCUGGGGAGAGUAAUGCAGCCCUGGGCAGGAAGCACAUGAACGUAGAGCUUUUGGCUUGGCAAACAUACCUGUAGGGGUGACACAGCCCGUCUAUACAGUUGGAUAAGGCUAAUGCAUAUACACUAUUUCCAGGAGCUGAGAGCUCAGUCACUACUGAUGGUGGUUGCACUGUGGCACAUGGAUGCUGUGAGACAACUUCCUACAGCACUGUGGCACAUGCUAGUUAUAUGAGAAUGGGAAUGUCACUAUGACUGGCUGGAAGCAUUGGCAGGAGUAGAAACAUGGCUAUGGUAAGGAUGUAAGGAGCAGCUAUUAGUGCUCCAGGUAUCCUUCUUUGAGGAACACCCAGCACUGGUGUCUUCCUGACCUGCAGGCCCUCUGAAGCUGGAUUAAAGAGUUAUCCCUUUUCUGUAACUGAACACUGUUAUGAUGGUUUAUAUGGUGUUUAUAUGAUGGUUUAUAUGAUGUUCUAUGCUGUAAUUAAUCAGGCAGCUGUUUAUUAACUUGGGCAGAAUGUUGAUUAUCCUUGUAAUCCCUGUAUGCAGAGAAGAACACAUCAGUUUCUCAAAGGUAUUAGUGGAGGCAUUGAUGAGGAACAGGGAACAUGGAUAUUUGCUAUCUUAAGGGUAGGAGAGGUGGGCCUGCCUUUUGUCUGUCUACUUUUCUCUAUGAAGUCAAUAUCCUGAAGUUUUUUCACCCCCAAAAAAGCUGCAGUGACCCAUCAACCACUUCAAGACAGAUUUUUUAUGGGUAUAUUCAGCAAUCAGAUGAAAGCUUUUGAGAGAUGAAUUGCACUGUGGUAUUUAAUACCAUUUUGACAGACUCACUGGGAGUUUCUUGCAGCUGAAGGGAACAGAAUGGCCUCAGGUGGUAACCAGCUUGGGACCACUUCCUGUGGAAUGGGGCACUGUGACCCAGACAGACCAAUGCACAUCUCUCGGGCUGUGUAUUUAUUUGUCUAGAAAAGUAUGCGAUUUUCCAUGUCAAGAAGAAAAUCUCACUUGUGUAGCAGUCCACUCAGUCCUAUUAAAAUCCCUUUCUUCUAACCAGGGGCUGAGUGUCCCUGACAUCAGUCAAGUGCCAAAACUUUCAUGUCCCCUGGAUCAACAUUAAUGGCUCACAGGGUAUGCUAAUAAAUGGAUUAUACUGUGA